UGUUAUUUUAAUUUUUACAGUUCUGAAACAAGCGAAAUUACUCCAGCCACAACAGUGGCAACAGCCCAGGAUUCCGAAUCACAGAGCAAAGGACCAGCACCAGCGGAAUUAACAAUUCUGAAAGGCGCUCAGGGGAAAAAUCAACUCACCUACAACAGCGCUUUCUUUGCUCUUCAAAACACCGUUCGCAACUGCAUUCCCGUUGUUCUCCCGCCUAGGAAAAAUCCAUGGGAUGUUGUACUAGAACCGCUAGUGCCUUUUAAAGGACUUCAGCGUGUCUCCAGUGAUGAAAAUAUUGCUGCAAGUUUUAGGGUCAAGAAGGUUCAUUUAAAAAAGGUCACAGCUGAACAGAUACGUCGCUGGGAGACUAACUUUGGCUUCCUCUUAAAUGACCCAGAUGGAUUAGCGCUGUUUGAAAAAUUUCUGGAAAGCGAAUUUAGCCAGGAGAACAUCCAAUUUUGGGAGGCCUGCGAGAACUAUCGUCGCCUCCCGGCAAAAUACUUGGCCCAGGAGGCUCAAAAAAUCUACCAACUCUACCUCUCAGUUCAGUCACCCCGUGAAGUGAAUCUUGAUUCCAAAACUCGUCUUAGCACAAUCAGCCUACUAUCCACUCCAACCGUCCACCUAUUCGAUAACGCUCAACGCAAAAUUCAAGCUCUUAUGGAGAAGGACUCCUAUCAACGAUUCCUUCGUGUUCCACUUUUCCUCGACUUUAAGAAAUCUGUCCUUGAUGAGCCUCCAUGUCCGCCGACGAAAUCCAGAACUUCACCUCAACAUAAGAAGAAACCACCAGCAACAACUAUACAAAGCGCCCUUCCCAAUGUUAUCAACGUUACAACUCUUCCCUUAGGUCGAAAACCAUUCUGA